UAAAGAUAGCCAGCAUCCAAAUCCCAAACCCAAACCCAAACAGAAUACCCAUCUUCCGUGCUCCUGAUACAGUGAUACCAGUGCAUGCAGCCGGAACGCGAGCUGGCUAAGGAUUGAUCUCCACUUCCUUCCUCCUGCGUACACAGUAAGCACCUUUGAGGCACAAUUAAUCAAUUACGCCAUCUUUCGACUCGGACCCCCCACGAACCCCUGCCAGCCAGCCCCCCCCCCCGCGCCACCACCCACUAUGAGCGGGUUAAUCGCCUUGCUGUUCACCAAGCUGAGCCUCCCGCCUGCAUCUGCCAUCCGGGGGGAAACCAUCCUGAUCACGGGCGCCAACACGGGCCUCGGCCGAGAAGCCGCUCGACAUGCAGCCCGCCUGGGCGUCGGCACCAUCAUCAUGGGCGUCCGCUCCCUGCCCAAAGGGGAGGAGGCCAAGGCCGAUAUCGAGUCGAGCACCGGCUGCUCCGGCAAAACUCAGAUCCUCGUCUGGCCCCUCGACCUCGAGUCCUUCGCCAGCGUCCGGGCCUUCGCCGCUCGGGCUCGGAAACACGUGGUCGACGACGGAGGCCGGCUGACCAUGGCCAUCAUGAACGCCGGCAUCGCAUCCAUGCAGUUCGCCCUCUCCGACGAGGGGUGGGAGAAGAGCCUGCAGGUGAACGUCCUGUCGACCGCGCUGCUCAGCCUCCACCUCAUGCCGCUCCUGCUGCGCACGGGGGAGCGCCAUCCCUCGUCGCGGCCCCACCUGGCCUUGGUCUCGAGCGACAACCACAUGUCCAUCAAGUUCCCCGAGCGCCACGCCGACCGCAUCCUCCAGACCAUGAACGGCGAAGAGCAGUGGAAGAAGUCGCAGGCCGCCGGCGGACCCACCGAGCGCUACGGCGCCACCAAACUGAUGGACCUCUUCCUCGCCCAGGAGAUGGCCAACCGGACGCCGCGCGACUCCCGCGGGGAGCCCCUCGUGGUCGUGAACGCCGUGGCGCCGGGAUUUUGCAAGUCGGACCUCCUCACCCGGGAGAAGACCCCAUGGAUCCUGAAGGUCGUGCAGGCGGCGAUUGCGCGGUCCUCUGAGGAGGGGAGCAAGACGUUGCUCCACGCCGUGACGCAGGGCACCGAGGCCCAUGGGAAGUACCUCGAUCACCAGGCCAUCACUGCUACCGGCAAGAUUGCGUCAGAUACGGAGGCACUAGCUCUGAGGGAGAAGAUCUGGGGGGAAAUCAUUGCGGUUUUGAAAGGCGUUGAUCCUACCGUCCCCACCGAGUUCUAAAUAGUUGCAACGGUGUGCCACCCCAUUCACCAUGCGGUGGCACCAUGCCGCCCCUUAACAGACACUUCAGGAGACUUGUACCUUUUUUUGUUUCUUUUUGGUUGGAAGUAAUUGAAGUGUGGGAUAAGUGCACGCAGCAUAAAGUAAUACGGAUGAUCGGGAUCAAUACUACGGGCAUCAUUAGGAUUAUAUGACCCGAAUUCUGUUCUUUGUGUUCACAACUUCCUUGACCCAAGUAAGGUAUGGAUAGAUAAGGUGAAAAUAGUCCACCACACCCAUCUUAGGUACCU